GAGCCGCGGGGUCUAUGGGGAAGGCGGCCGCGCUGUGCGGCGGCGGCAACAGCACCCGCGGGCUGGUUUCUCUCCUCAGCGCCGUCCCCUGCUUGGCCUGCCAGGAGCUGCCGGCCAUGAGCGCGGAGCCGGGGGGCCGGGGCGGCGGGGGAGCGGCGGGAGGGCCGCCCGCCGCCCCGGGCUCCGACACGUACAAGGGCUGGCUCUUCAAGUGGACCAACUACCUGAAGGGUUACCAGCGCCGCUGGUUUGUGCUCAGCAACGGACUGCUCAGCUACUACAGGACGCAGGCAGAGAUGGCUCACACCUGCCGGGGCACCAUCAACCUCUCCACGGCUCACAUCGACACCGAGGACUCCUGCAACAUCGUGCUGUCCAGCGGGGGCAGGACCUACCACCUGAAGGCCAGCUCCGAGGUGGAGAGGCAGCGCUGGGUGACAGCCCUGGAGCUGGCCAAGGCCAGGGCCAUCCGCAUCAGGAGCAACCAGUCCGAUGACUCCGGCGACGAGGAGCCCGCCGCGCAGUCGGACAAGGGCGAGCUGCAGGGCACGCUGAAGAGCCUCUCGGGGAAGCUGGAGGACCUCAGCACCUGCAAUGAGCUGAUCGCCAAGCACGGCGCCGCCCUGCAGCGCUCCCUCAGCGAGCUGGAGAGCCUGCGGCUGCCGGCCGAGAGCGGCGAGAAGAUCAAGGCGGUGACCGAGCGCGCCACGCUCUUCCGCAUCACCUCCAAUGCUAUGAUCAACGCCUGCCGAGAUUUCCUGGAGCUGGCCGAGAGCCACAGCCGGCGCUGGCAGCGAGCGCUGCAGCAUGAGCGGGAGCAGCGCAUCCGCCUGGAGGAGACCAUCGAGCAGUUAGCCAAGCAGCACAACAGCCUGGAGAGGGCCUGCCGAGGGGCCCCCGGCCUCCCCCCCGCCCCCUCCGGCGGCUCCAGCACCGCCAAGGGGAGUGUGCAGUCAGCCAAAGGAGAGGCCAGUGAUGAAGAUGAGGAGACAGAGUACUUCGAUGCCAUGGAGGAUGCACCAGCCUUCAUCACUGUAACUGCAGACCCCAAGCACCACAGGCGUUCGGGCAGCAACCUGAGUGGGGCCAGCGAGGGCCACCCUGAGGACUGGACCCUGGAGGACAGUGUCUUUGAAAGCUCAAAUCAGAGCAGCUACAAUGAGUCCACCUGCAAAGACCUCCUGCCCAAGAGGAGGAGGAGGACUCGGAUCCCUGACAAACCCAACUACAGCCUUAACCUCUGGAGCAUCAUGAAGAACUGCAUUGGCAAAGAGCUCUCCAAGAUCCCCAUGCCUGUGAACUUCAACGAGCCUCUCUCCAUGCUGCAGAGGCUGACGGAGGACCUGGAGUACCACGAGCUGCUGGACAAGGCAGUGAAGUGCGAGAGCUCCACCGAGCAGAUGUGCUUCGUGGCUGCCUUCUCCGUCUCCUCCUACUCCACCACCGUGCACCGCACGGCCAAGCCCUUCAACCCCCUGCUGGGGGAAACUUACGAGCUGGACCGGCUGGAGGAGCUGGGGUUCCGCUCCCUCUGCGAGCAGGUGAGCCACCACCCCCCAGCAGCUGCCCACCACGUCUACUCGCGGCGGGGCUGGACGCUGUGGCAGGAGAUCACCAUCGCCAGCAAGUUCCGGGGCAAAUACCUCUCCAUCAUGCCCCUGGGAGCCAUCCACCUCGAGUUCCACUCCAGUGGCAAUCACUAUGUCUGGAGGAAAGUCACCUCCACAGUCCACAACAUCAUCGUGGGCAAGCUCUGGAUUGACCAGUCUGGUGAGAUUGAGAUUGUUAACCAUAAGUCAAAAGAUAAAUGCCAGCUGAAAUUUACCCCCUACAGCUACUUCUCCAGGGAUGUGCCCCGCAAGGUGAGCGGGGUGGUGAGCGACGCCGAGGGCAAGGCUCACUACGUCAUGUCUGGCACCUGGGACGAGAGGAUGGAGUGCUCCCGGAUCGUGCAGAGCAGCCAGGGCGGUGCCGGCUCCGAGGGCAAGCAGAAGACUGUCUACCAGACCCUGACCCCAAAGGUCCUCUGGAAGAAGUACCCCCUCCCGGAGAACGCCGAGCACAUGUACUACUUCUCGGAGCUGGCGCUGACGCUGAACGAGCCUGAGGAGCGUGUGGCCCCCACCGACAGCCGGCUGCGGCCCGACCAGAGGCUGAUGGAGAGCGGCCGCUGGGACGAGGCCAACGUGGAGAAGCAGCGGCUGGAGGAGAAGCAGCGAGCGGUGCGCAGGCGGAGGGAGGCCGAGGCCGUGGAAGCCCUGGAGGAGGGGAAGGACUAUGAGGGCUACAUCCCGCAGUGGUUCGAGCGCAAGGUGGAUGCUGUCACCGGGGAGCUGAUCUGCGUCUACAAGGGAGGCUACUGGGAGGCCAAGGACAAGCAGGACUGGAGCAGGUGCCCUGACAUCUUCUGACACGGCCAGCCCCGCGCCCUGGGGCACACAGGGGCAGCAAGGGCAGGCUGGCAGCGCCCUGCCCCUGCCCCCGAGAGCAGCACACGGAGCCGGGCCAGGCACAGCUCCAACGGCAAAUCCAACCAGGGAACCCAAACCUAGUUUUGUAUGCACAGAGUCCAAGCAGCCCUUCCCUCCCCUCUCUUUCUCUUCUCCUCCUU